UUACCGAGAGCUCCUUAGUGCUAUGAACCGCGAAAAGCUUGGCAUUGAGGAAGUAGCUAUGCUUGUGACAAAUUUGAAUGCACUAUCUGGAUCAGUUACUUACAUAGAAAACGUUCAACACGAUGAACUUCUCUCAGCAAUUUUUGACAGGAGCUUGUGGAACUAUAAGCCUGAUGUGAUGGAUGCAUUGAUUAAAUUCAUCAAAUUAUUGGCUAUUUCAAGUGGGAAGUAUGUUGACCGCUGUUUGGAGAUACUCACCCACCAGUUCUGUCCACCUGAUAUUUUGCCACUUUUGAAAAUUCUUGCAAGAAAGGACCAAGUUUUAUCUCGUGUGCAUUCAGCUCUGAAAUAUAUAGCUGAUAUGAUGCCACUUUCCCCUAUGAGACUUGGGCCAAUUGUUUUAGAUGGAAUGCCACCAGAUCGUUGUAGUAAGAUCCGUACUCCUAGUCUUGUGAUAUACGUAGAGAACAUGUUGAAGUUGGAUCUCGGAGGAUUUGUUCGGAACCUCAUGCUUGCGGGUGUUGUGGAUUUGCUGCUAAAUCUGGAUUUGCAGAUAAAUAACUCUAGUAAAGGAAUAUUUGAGAUGGAGCAAGAAGAUGUGAAUGAGUCUACGGAUCAUGAUCUGAAUGAUGACAGUGAGCGUCCUAGACAAUUAAGUCCAGAAGCAAAAGCAAUUGCUGAAAAAUUGGAUAGCUUGAUGGUGUUAAUUUUUGAGCAUCUUGAAUCUUGUGGUGGCCAUUUGAUCCAGACCUUUCAAACUCUUCUGGACUCAUUUAUGAAGACUGUUUUGACUGCAUACAAAUCAAAAUUUUCCCAGUUUGUGAUAUUCUAUGCGUGUGCUCUUGAUCCUGGAAACUGCGGUGUGACAUUUGCUUUGAAGCUUGAAGAUAAAUUCUUUUGCAGUACUGACUUCCCAAACAUCAGAAUGAGUGCCGUUGCUUAUCUUGCUAGUUAUUUGUCUCGGGCUAAAUUUCUGUCAGUCUCUGUGGUUGCUGGCACCCUGGAAAGGUUGGUGGAUUGGUGUUUCAAAUAUAUCGAAAUGCAGGAUGAUGAAAUAAAUCCAGAAGCUCAUAGAAUAUUUUAUUCUGGAUGUCAGGCCAUCAUGUAUAUCCUGUGCUUCCGAAUGAGAUCAAUGAUGGGUGAUCCUCAGCUGAAGCCAUGGCUUGUUCGUUUGCCUUUAGAGUGGAUUUUGAAUAAUAAGUUGAGCCCGCUGAAGGUGUGUCUGCCUUCCAUUGUAUUGGAGUUUCUACGGCAAGCAAAAGCAGCUAGGUUAUUUAUGACAUCUGAGAAAUUCAAUUUUGACGACUUCCUGGAAUCAGAACUUUCAAGGGAAUUUGGUGGGAUGGAAAGGCUCGACAUGUUCUUCCCUUUUGACCCAUGUCUGCUGAAAAAAAGUGACAGUUGCAUCCGGCCAAACUUCAUUUUCUGGUCAAUGGUUCAACCCACAUAUGAUGACGAAGAUUCCAGUGAUGAAGAUGUCGGUGAAGCUUUUGCAGGUGACGAUGAUGAUGACGGUGGAAUGGAUUAUGGGAUUAUGCAGAGCUUGGAGGAACAGCAUUUUGAUUUUGAUGAAUUCGACUCUUCAUUGAACAAAAUGUCUAUCACACCAAAAGAUUCCUUACAUAGUAGGUUUGGUGGUGCAAUAAACCAACCCAUGCGAAUGCCCUCGAGAAUUAGACCGUCAACAAGUCCGGAAUCAUUGUAA